CUUCUCUGCAAAAGCCGUCGCGACGAGAAGAGCAGAGGAGAGAGAGAGAGAGAGAGGAAGCAAGGAGGACAGAGACGUAGCUGAGACCGGUGGCGGCUGAUCGUUUGCGAGAUUCGUCAUGGCGGCGUUGAGCACUAGCUUGAGAUCUGCAUCGAAGCUUCUAGCUUCUUCUUCCGCUUCUUCUUCUUCAGCCUCGCUCGCCUCCAAAUCAGUCAGCAGAAAUUUCCACUCAACUGGGGUGAAAAGGAUGGGAGGUGGGCACGCACAUGGCCAUGAUGAACCUUACUACCUUCAUGCAAAGCAUAUGUACAACUUGGACAGGAUGAAAAAUCAAGGGCUGAAGAUGUCUCUUGCUGUUUUUACUGCCUUCAGCAUUGGCGUUGCUGUGCCUGUCUAUGCUGUCAUUUUUCAGCAGAAAAAGACUGCUUCCGGUUAAUUCUUAUUAAAGCCUUGUCGCUGCAAUAAUAACUUCUUUGCCCAAUGCCCAAGAUAGUAGGCCUUUGCCUGCUGGUAUGGUUUUAGUUGUUUUGCUACUGAAUAUUGUGUUUUUUUGUUGCUAUAAGCUUUUAACAUCUCGUCAGUCAGAUGACCUUGAAUAAGUUCUUUGAUUUUGCCAUGGUAUUGAUAUUUCAGUACAUACUCAUCCUGAGAAAAUGUUUAUUUUUGUUUUUUGCU